AUGCUCGUCUCUGCGCUUGUUGUGCCGGCCUGGCUGUUCGCAGCCACAGUGUCAGCAUCCGCAGCCUCCGACAAGGCCGACGCCGACGCCAACGUCGCACCGGAAGUACCAAAGAAUGAGCACCGCAAAGAUGAUUUCGCUGCCUGCCGCAACCUCGACGGCGAGUUUGCGCCGUUCUGCCUGCCUCGCCACGGCGAUGUCUACGCUUGGGAUACCACACACUAUAUCACAUGGGACCCGGACUACUUCCCCACAGCCAACACGAGCCUCCGCUUGAUCGGCUUCUACACGUCCGAGUUCCCUAACAUCACCAGCGCCGACGAGGCCGAACACAAGAACAAACCCCUCCCCGGUCCCCCCGCCCAUGACCUCGGCGGCGAACAGGCCUUCACGACUGACUCCAUCUCUGCCGCCUGGGGCUUCUAUCAAUGGCACUUGGACAAGUCCCUGCUCAACUCCAAGAAACUGCGCUCCGCAAACAUCACCAUUUGCAUGGUCUACCUGGCCCCCGAUUCCCCGCGCUCGACUUGGGUCCAGGGUCCUACCGUGAUUCUGAAGAAGGCCAAGAAAAAGACCAAGGUGGCCCCGGAGAAGCCGAAGCGCCCUCCGAGCGAGGAGCCUGUACUAGUCAUUGCGCUGCCCAUUGUCAUGGUCGUGUCGGCUUUCAUCAUCUUCAUGCUGUCGUGCUGGAACCGGAAUAUCAGGCGGAUCGGCCUUGGCAAUGUGAUGGGGAAGACCGGUCGGAAGAACACGGCCGGUUUACUGGCUAAGGAGGCGGGUCUAGCGAAGGGUAAGAAGGGAACAGGCAGGGGGAAAGACGAGGAAUCUAUUCGACUAAUGGAUAGAGAUGGGUAUAGUAGUGGUGAGGAGAGCGGUUGGAGACAGGAAGUCGUUGGGGGACGGAGAAGGAACGGUGGUGGUGACGGAGCAAGGAGCAGAAAGUUGGAUUAA